CUCGUGAUAGUGCAUACGGAUCCACAGACAGCAAUCACAGUCACAAUGCAUGCAGCUGCAGCAGGCGAAAUCCAUUCAUUCAUCGCAAUUCAUUGUCUGCUGACUGACUGGCCGGGCAAUGAGGUGCUCAUUCAUGUAGACAGACGGGCCAUGGAUGCAUCCAUAUGUAUAUAAUAUAUGACUCUGCACCGUGGGACUCUGAGUAUCACGGACACACAGACGAGUGUUAGGGUUAAUGCAAGUUGAGAGAGGUUCAAUGCAUCCAUACACAAAACAAACAGACUGGCCGUCCGUCCGCUUGUGUGUCUAUCUGCCCACCAUACAUACAUACAUACGUCACUCAUCUGCACUGCCGACAUGUUAGUACGGACGGACGGCCGUGAGAAGGCUGAUGGAUACGCAGCUCUCGUCGCCGCCGUGCAGUGCAUGGGACAGACAGGGACGUGCAGUGGAGCGGAUAACCCACACCGGCAGCACGCAGCACAGCACAGCACAGAAUAGGGGACGGGGCAACACACACCUGUUCGUCUCAUUUAUUUGCGUCACGCAUGGUCAAUCAAUUGAUUCAUUCCUUUGCGGCAGUCUCAGCGGCGUCCUUCAUGGUGUGGUCCUUGUCGGUCUUUUGCUUCUUGGCCCUCUCGCGCUGCUCUUUGAACGCCUCCUUGCCCUUGGCAAACAAGAGUCAAGGGCAACAACGAGUUGACCUUUUUGCUUGUGUGCUUGUUGUUUUGCCCUUUUGCUACCUUGGCAAACGCAUCACGCAACAUGUUCUUGCGGGCCAGGUGCCUACACACACACACACACACACACACACAGAAGGUGAGUGGGCUUGUCUGCCUCCAUCCAUCCAUCCAUCCAUCCAUCCAUCUAUCCAUUCAUCCACUCAUGUGUGUGGUGUGUGUGUACCUGAGAGCGCACAGGACGAAUGGGACGAAGUCGUGGCGGCGCCGCGCAUUCUCACGCUCCCACUUCUGCACUCACUCACACAUGCAGAAAGGCACUGACUGACAUGGGUGCACGUGUGUGUGGGUGUUGAACGACCUUGAAUUUCUGUUCCUCGUCGGCCACGACGGCCUGCAGCCGCUCUAUCUCUGACGUGCACGACUUUUCAGCCUAAUCAAAUGCGUGGCCACACACACAACACACACACCUCCAUCAAUCCACGGCCGCGCCGUGUGUAUAUGUGCCUUGAGCCACUCGCUCGCCUGUUUGAGUGCCUCGAUGUCUGUGGGCAGAUCCUCGAUGGUCGGGCAGCCGGGGGGGGCGGAGUCCUCAUCCACCUGCAGGGAGUGAGUGCACCACACGGCACCACGCCACACAAACCAAGAGAUGCGAUGCAUGUGCUGUAGGUGUAUGUAUGGGAAAGGAGCGCGUGUGUGCGUGUGUGGGCUCACUUCGUCGUCGAGGUCCACUUCCUGGUCGAACGAUAUCAGCUUGACCCGCACACGCUGACGAAUCACACUGAUUAAUCCAUGAGCACAAGAACCACACACACCAAGACAUCCAUGUGUGGAUGCGCUCCUCCUUCUCCCUCUCACUGACCGCUGCUUGUCGAUGGCCUUGAGUGCCUCCUUCUUGCGGUCGCCCACGAUGGCCAGGAGGUUGAAGCGGAUCUCGCCCUCAUCACCCUCACCCGCACGAGGCGAACUCUGAUACCUACACAACACACCACAACACAACACAACACAACACCCCACAACACACCCCACAUGCGGUUUGCGAUGCGUUGGUUGGUGCUGUGCUCACUUAUCGAUCCGGCGCUGUAUCUCGGGCCUGACCUUCUCCAGCCAGUCAUCCUCUGUGCCCUCGCCAACCUCUAUCGGGCCCUGAAACACACACACACACACACACACACACAUGCAGCCUCCCUCCCUCCCUCCCUCCCUCCCUCGCUCUCUCCUCGUCUCGUCUCGUCUGGUCUGGUCUGUGUGUGUCUGACGGGUUUGAGUCCGUCGAGUUCGUAGAUUUUGCCCUUGAAGGGUACGUAUGAGAUGAAGUGGAAUGCGUCCUCCUUCUCGUCGUCUUUGUCCUGCACGAACUCGAACGACGACACCUUGUGGAACGAAUUGUGCUCGCGACGCAACACCUCGCUGUUCCCGAUGGCCAGACCCUUUGUCUGCGCAUCGAAGUCUGCCCAUACCCACACACACACACACCCAGACACACACACAUCGCAGGUGAGAUGGCUCUGGUCGUGUGUGGUGACCUUUGGUGAAGUGUUUGAACUCAGUGAGUUCAGUGCCGACGUCGAUCUCCGGCCGGUUGAGGAGGACCGAUAGGAUGGCCUGGGUGGCGCAUGCGUUGGUGACCUCCUGCUUGGCGACUGUAAAUAGAUAAAGCUCAAGCAAACACAACUCGUGUAUCAGCCAGCCCAUGUAUCUGACUGAUUUUAAGUGAGCUCACAGAAGAGGUCCCUGUCGGGGAAGUUGACAACUGGUCGUGGGUCUCUCUCCUGCCGCCACUUGAACAGGAAGAUGAGGCCGCUGUCGAAACGACACCAACGGACCACACAAAGGGCAUUCAUUAAUGAGUUGGUGCGACUGACUCAUUGAUCAGCUGUUCUGCACUCACUAGACUUGGCUGAGUGAGAGGUCGGUGAAUGCUGUGUCGUCGAGGCUGUAGACCUCCUCAAACUGCAGGUCCUUGACGCCUAUCUUCUGCACCAGCUCCGUGAACACACCAGGGUCGCUCUCAAUCGUGCACCAGCUGUUGGGACCCUCCAUCGCAGGCAGAUCUAGUAGACGUGCUGACUUCCCCUGUCCAACGCCU